AUGGACGUCGUACCGCCCGAGCUCCUCUCUCACAUCAUCUCCUUCUCUACCCUCGACGGCGGGUCGACAGCGCAGUCCCUGCUACUCGCCUCCAAGACAGUCCACGCGCUGACUCUACCUUUCCUCCUCCAGUCCCUCUCCUGCUCCGGCCUGUCCUCCAUCCAGCGAUUAACUUCCAUCCUUAAGUCGCUCAAGAAUAACGCAGAGCGGGACGGUCGUAAAUACAUACCGCCCGUGAAGCAUCUUUUCUUGUGCGAUGUCAGCGGCAAACGAGCUUCUGACGCCGACACUUUUGUUCCUACUCCGCCGGAGUCGGAGGACGGAGAGCAACUGCAAGAGCGUGUCGAUACCCCGAGGGUAGAGACUUCGAGCGACGAGAUCCAUAGCCUGCUGGUGGCCUACACUGAUCUGUUCGACCUUCUCGCUCCUUCCCUCGCAUCGCUGACCUUCCUCGCCUACAACCCCAGCAUCACACCCUACCGAAUUAUCAUUGACACAUAUCUCCCUCGACUUCGCUAUCUCUCGAUGCGUUUCACUGCCAUACCCUACAUGCGGACGUAUGUACCGGAUGUCAGACCGGAGGGAGAAGCGGAUUCGGAGGUAUUAAAGCACAGGCUUCCCGAGCUCACACAUCUUCAUAUGGGAUUCACGUCCAAACCCAUGCUCUCCGAUGUGCCCCUCGGCUUUCUCCAGAUGACAUGUGAACGGGCGCCUAACCUAUCGGAGGUUAAGCUCACCAAUGUACGAUUCUCGGAUGAUUGCGUGCAAUCUCUUCGGAAGAGCUUACGCCUCGGGCGCUUGGUCAAGUCGCUACAGACUCCGAGCACGCCAAGUCUGGUCGACAUCGACGCCACCGACACUGCCGAAUCUGAGCAGGGAACUCUGCAAGGGCAAACCGACGCGGCGUCGAGUACGGACGACGACUCAAGCACCGAUGUCGAAGAGGAGGAGGAAGACAUUCCUGACACCCCUUGGGCAAGCUUGGACAGCGUCUAUAUUCAACCUGCGAGAUGUACCAAGGAUGACAUAGCUCACCUUGACGCUCUCGGCAACUUACAGAUCCUUGCCUAUGUCUCAAAGUCGCAGUGCCGCUCCCUUGGGGGAAAACAGGGGGAGGAAGAGGGUGGAAAGCGCACAUCGUUGAAUAUCCUUCCUACCGCGACGGUAGGGGUGUACAAAGAGUGGAAGGAACGUUGGGCGGGUGAGAUCGCUUCCAUUCCCAAUCUAGGGAGCCUCUACGGUGAGCGUGAGACGGAGGAAGAUCUACUUGCUUAG